CUGCAUUCAGCUUCCCCGCCGCUAAUUCGAGACCGUCCAGAAGAAACAAACAGAACUCAAAAACCAGUAGCGUCAGAAGACUCUUGCACCAACCUUGUUGCCAACCAGCUUCAGCAGAGCACAGCUCCCCCUCCUUCGUUAACUGGCCGCAGUGUUGUGCGAGCGCAUAUCCAUAGCAGGUGCAGCUUCCAGUUUCCCACCUUCACAUCUUAAGUAACCCGCCAAGAUGAGCAAAGACGACGAGUACGACUACCUGUUCAAAGUUGUUCUUAUCGGAGAUUCCGGAGUCGGUAAAUCCAAUCUGUUGGGGCGGUUCACGCGAAACGAGUUCAACUUGGAGUCCAAGUCUACUAUCGGAGUCGAGUUUGCGACCAGGAGCAUAAAUGUGGAUGGAAAGGUCAUCAAGGCGCAGAUUUGGGAUACCGCGGGGCAGGAGCGGUACAGGGCGAUUACUAGCGCCUAUUAUCGUGGAGCAGUCGGCGCUCUUCUGGUCUACGACAUUGCAAAGCAGCAAACAUAUGAGAACGUCAACCGUUGGUUAAAGGAACUGAGGGAUCACGCGGACACCAACAUCGUCAUCAUGUUGGUCGGAAACAAGAGCGAUUUGAAGUACGCAAGGGCCGUGCCUACGGAUGAGGCCAAGCAGUUUGCCACUGAGAACGGCCUAUCGUUUAUCGAGACGUCCGCAUUGGACGCGACUAAUGUAGAGCUGGCAUUCCAAAAGAUCUUGACUGAGAUCUACAGGAUUGUUUCCAACAAGGCUUUGGAGUCUGAAAACAACGAACGCGGGGCGGGUCCUGGCGCCGGCCAGUCGAUCACGGUCGCACCAACGGACACGAAUGCGCCGAAAAAGGCAGGAGGUUGCUGUUAGACUCACAAGUACCGACCUCGAUUUCUUUCAAUGAUGCAUUUUGUUAUGUACUUUUUGUUAACGUUCAAAAAAUAUCUGUGAACCCCCAUAGAGGUCGCAUCACAUGAAGGAGUGCCGGGCAGUUAAUUUCAUCUG